CGAGAUCAUGGGCUUAGGCGGAUGUUAUCGGCGUGGCACACUGUUGGGGGCGGGGUUGAAGGGUCGGACAGGAAAAGAGAAGGAAGGCGAGGACAUCUGUAACGAAAACGGUACUUAAACGAGGAAAUGUAACCUAUUUAUAACUUUGUUAUUGUUCACCUUGAAAAUAGAUAAUUUAUUAAGUAAAUAUUUGAAUGAGGCUUUAAACGUUUUCUGUAGCCAAGAUGACAUGAGGCUAGAGUAUUACGAGAGACCGCUAUCAGCUAACAUUAGAUAGCUAAAUUAGCUAGCCUUAAUGACGGAAACGAACGAACAAUUGAAAUGAAAAGACUCCUUGUUUCAGACACCACCAGUUAGAGCUGGACAGGCAAAGUUAUCAGGUCAUCAUAGCCAGGUAUACAGUGACAUCAUCACCCUUUUGAAGUUAGCAACACACUCUGGUCUGGGAGCUAGCAACUAUUCGCACUAGUGCAUGCCCUGGGCAAGAUCUCUACGCUAACUCGCUAGCCACCGCUGACAAGUGGUUUAAUUUUCGUAACCGUCGUCCACCGACACAGCAUAUGUUACAUAUGGGCGUUUUUAAAUAGGAAAAUCAUUGUAACUAGCUAACACUUACUGAGUUGACGUGAAGUAAAUGAGGAAAUUAACUAGUUAUUAGUUUGGGUGCGGCGUGUUGUUGUUGAGGCCAUUCAUCCAACGGCUAGCUGGAUGGCAAGCAGUGUUUUCUGCUGGUAGUCUGCUCUUGUUUAGUGGCGAUAGUGUCACUGUUUUGAGGUAUUAUGGGUAAUUUCAUGUGAACAUGGAACAAAAAUGUCCAUACAUGUAUUUACCUGAAAUUCAGUAGUUAGGCCUAGAAAGAUAGCUGACAUGGCAUGUAUUUGCAUUUUUAUCUGAAUUUGAAUAUUGGUUAUUUACGAAAUAAUGAAUCAAAGUUUGGUUAUUUAAAAAAAUAUAUUUUUACAAGUUUGGUUAUCAUAAACGUUUGGGUUUACAGGCCUCCAACACUAAUGGAUUGAAAAGCACUGCGCAAUGUUGCCUAAUGAAUCAGACUGUGAUACCCCUGGUUACACAGUCUGGGAUUAAUGCAAUACAUUUGUUUGGAAAAUGUCCUCAUGAGUUCUACAUGCCAGAAUGUUGAAUACAAUUUAAUUUUAACUUACUCUACCGGUUGUCUGUGUGGUUUGUCCUUUUGCAGAUAGGAUUUUGAGAAAAAAUAUCCACAGGGAUAUUGUGGGCAUGUCCUUCCGCAUUGUGCGCAUGCUUCAGGUGAAGAGCAAACAAAUCCAGACCCGUGUUUUGAUGUCGGUUUAAUAAUAAUUUAAUGUGAAGAUUUGAAUGUGUCAAAUUUCCUAAGGCAGAGGGACGAAAUCAGCGGACAACGGGUAGAGUAUAUUCAAAUUAAGUUUAUUCAACAUUCUGACUUGUAAAGGGACUAUUUGUUUAGUUUUUUAUCUAAAUGUUAGAGAUGAGUGGAAGUUUAUACUGGGAUUCGUAGAGGCAAUGUAGCCUCUUUGCUCCAGGAGACUUGUACACAUUGGGCUCCCAUCGCUGAAGGCUACAGCCCGUAUCCCCGAAAACAUAUUUACCAGCCCUCUAUUUGACCUAUUUCCUAGGAAUUUCCCGUCACCGAAGGCAAAUCUAUAGUCUAAUUCGGAAUGCCUUACAAGUCGGUAUGGGUUAUACAAUGUGUGAAAAAAACGUUUAUAUCCAACUUUUCCAGAGUUUACCAAAUUAAUUCCAUAUUUCCCUAAAGGUGCGCUGGGAUCUCGCAUAGCAACUAUUACGGACUAAAGGGACUAGGCAGUGAGCUUCGGAAAAUGAGGAUUUAAACAUUAUUUUACCGAAGUAGUUAACACAUUGUAUAACCUGUACUGACUGGUAAGGCAUUUCGGCUUAUAGAUUUUACUUCGGUGACUGGAUUUUUUAAAAGGAAAUAGGUAAACCCAGAGGCCUGGUAAAUAUGUUUUCGGGGAUAUGGGAUGUAGCCUUCAGCGACGGGAGCCCAAUGUGUACAGGACUCCUGGAGCGAAGGGUCUAUGGGCAAUGGAAAUUCUCCAUUGGAUGUUCUUAGUCCAGGAGGACUAAGCUAAAUGUUUCAGAUGUACAUAUUCUGUAGCCUUACACAGUCUGUAGUCACUGGAGCUGAAGUUGAUGGCUGGCUUUCAUGUGUCCUUUGGGGCCAAAGUGGGAAUGCUCGUCGAACAUCUCAUUCCAAAAUCAUGGGUGUUAAUAUGGAGUUGAUCCCCCCUUUGCUGCUAUAACAGCCUCCACUCUUCUAGGAAGGCUUUCCACAAGAUGUUGGAACAUUGCUGUGGGGACUUGCAUUCAUUCAGCCACAAGAGCAUUAGUGAGGUUGGGCGAUUUAGGCCUGGCUCGCAGUUGGCGUUCCAAUUAAUCCCAGAGGUGUUCAAUGGGUUUGAGGUCAGGGCUCUGUGUAGGUCAGUCGAGUUCUUCCACACUAAUUUCGACAAACCAUUUCUGUAUGGACCUCACUUUGUGCACGGGGGCAUUGUCAUGCUGAAACAGGAAAGGGCCUUCCACAAACUUUUGCCACAAAGUUGGAAGCACAGAAUUGUCUAGAAUGUCAUUGUAUGCUGUAGCGUUAAGAUUUCCCUUCACUGGAACUAAGGGGCCUAGCCCGAACUGUGAAAAACAGCCCCAGACCAUUUAUUCCUCCUCCACCAAAUUUUACAGUUGGCACUAUGCAUUAGGGCAGGUAGCGUUUUGCUGGCAUCUGCCAAACCCAGAUUCAUCCAUCGGACUGCCAGAUGGUGAAGCGUGAUUCAUCACUCCAGAGAACGCCUUUCCAUUGCUCCAGAGUCCAAUGGCCGGGAGCUUUACACCACCACAAGGAGAGAGGUUCAAUUGUUGUGAAGAAGGCGUCAGGGCGCCCAAGAAAGUCCAGCAAGCGCCAGGACCGUCUCCUAAAGUUGAUUCAGCUGUGGGAUCGGGGCACCACCAGUGCAGAGCUUGCUCAGGAAUGGCAGCAGGCAGGUGUGAGUGCAUCUGCACGCACAGUGAGGCAAAGACUUUUGGAGGAUGGCCUGGCGUCAAGAAGGGCAGCGAGGAAGCCACUUCUCUUUAGGAAAAACAUCAGGGACAGACUGAUAUUCUGCAAAAGGUACAGGGAUUGGACUGCUGAGGACUGGGGUAGUCAUUUUCUGUGAUGAAUCCCCUUUCCGAUUGUUUGGGGCAUUCGGAAAAUACCUUGUCCGGAGAAGACAAGGUGAGCGCUACCAUCAGUCCUGUGUCAUGCCAACAGUAAAGCAUCCUGAGACCAUUCAUGUGUGGGGUUGCUUCUCAGCCAAGGGAGUGGGCUCACUCACAAUUUUGCCUAAGACACCGCCAUGAAUAAAGAAUGGUACCAACACAUCCUCCGAGAGCAACUUCUCCCAACCAUCCAAGAACAGUUUGGUGACGACCAAUGCCUUUUCCAGCAUGAUGGAGCACCUUGCCAUAAGGCAAAAGUGAUAACUAAGUGGCUCGGGGAACAAAACAUCGAAAUGUUGUGUCCAUGGCCAGGAAACUCCCCAGACCUUAAUCCCAUUGAGAACUUGUGGUGGAUCCUCAAGAGGCGGGUGGACAAACAAAAACCCACAAAUUCUGACAAACUCCAAGCAUUGAUUAUGCAAGAAUGGGUUGCCAUCAGUCAGGAUGUGGCCCAGAAGUUAGACAGCAUGUCAGGGCAGAUUGCAGAGGUCUUGAAAAAGAAGGGUAAACACUGCAAAUAUUGACUCUUUGCAUAAACUAAAUGUAAUUGUCAAUAAAAGCCUUUGACACUUAUGGAAUGCUUGUAAUUAUACUUCAGUAUACCAUAGUAACAUCUGACAAAAAUAUCUCAUAACACUGAAGCAGCGAACUUUGUGAAGACCAAUACUUGUCAUUCUCAAAACUUUUGACUAUGACUGUAUGUGUGUGUGUAUAUAUAUGUAUAUAUAUAUAUAUGUGUGUGUGUGUGUGUGUGUGUAUGUAUGUAUAUAUAUAUAUAUAUGUGUGGUCCUCUGUAGCUCAACUGGUAGAGCACGGCGCUUGUAACGCCAUGGUAGUGGGUUCGAUCCCCGGGACCACCCAUACACAAAAAUGUAUGCACGCAUGACUGUAAGUCACUUUGGAUAAAAGCGUCUGCUAAAUGGCAUAUUAUAUUAUUAUAUAUAUAUUUUUAUUUAUUUUUUUAUUUAUAUUGAACAAAAAUAUAAACGCAACAAUUUCAAAGAUUUUACUGAGUUACAGUUCAUAGAACGAAAUAAAUAAAUUAGGCCCUAAUCUAUGGAUUUCACAUGACUGGGCAGGGGCGCAGCCAUGGGUGGGCCUGGAGGCCCACCUACUUGGGAGCCAGGCCCAGCCAAUAAGAAUGAGUUUUUUUUUUGCACGCUCCAUCUAAACUUGAGACAUCUGUGGCGUUGUGCAUUGCACCUUGUGCCCAGCACAAUAUGCACCUGUGUCACGAUCAUGCUGUUUAAUCAGCUUCUUGAUAUGCUACACCGGUCAGGUGGAUGGAUUAUAUUGGCAAAGGAGAAAUGCUUACUAACAGGGAUGUAAACCAAUUUGUGCAUAACAUUUGAGAGAAAUAAGCUUUACAUGGGACUAACACUUUACAUGUUGCGUUUUAUAUUUUUGUUCUGUAAUAUUGAUUUGCUUGGUUGUGUUGCUAUAUUAUCACUGUGAAACUCAAAAUAGUUUUUCCAAAAAAAUGUCACUUUUGCUGGAUUAGCACUUUAACAGACAUUUUCUUGCAGAUGGCUGCGAUCCGUAAGAAACUGGUGAUCGUUGGUGAUGGCGCUUGUGGGAAGACCUGUCUGUUGAUAGUCUUCAGUAAAGACCAGUUCCCUGAGGUCUACGUACCUACAGUGUUUGAGAACUAUGUGGCAGAUAUUGAGGUGGACAGUAAGCAGGUGAGAUUGUACUGUUAGUCACACAGUUUGCCAUCAAGACAUACUUUGAAGCACAAUUUAUAUGUGGAAGUCUUAUGGUUUGCACAUUUUGAUAGGUAAUCAUUUAUUCAGAGCAAAUUGCAGUGUUUGGCCAAACAGCAGUGUAACUGUGAAUAUCUGCUCUCCGUGUGGGUUCUAGGUGGAACUGGCCCUCUGGGACACAGCCGGACAGGAGGACUACGACAGACUAAGGCCUCUCUCCUACCCCGACACUGAUGUCAUCCUCAUGUGCUUUUCCAUAGAUAGCCCUGACAGCUUGGGUAAGACAUUGGUGACUAUAAUGUUCAUAUAUGUCUUACAUGGUAAAUGCAACAAAUGAUCGUAUCACUUGCAGCAGUUUCCUAAAAUGAUCCCCUGUGUCUGAAACAGAGAAUAUCCCAGAGAAGUGGACCCCUGAAGUAAAGCACUUCUGUCCAAAUGUGCCCAUCAUUCUUGUGGGUAAUAAGAAGGACUUGCGGAAUGACGAGCACACACGUCGGGAGUUAGCAAAAAUGAAGCAGGUACAGUAUGCAUUAUGAAAUCUUAUUAUGGAAUUUUAUCAAGUAGACUCAUUGCCCUGAUCCAUUGAGGAUAUAUUUUUUAAUUGAACAUUGAAAUUGAACAAACCAUGGACAUUUGUUUUAACGUGGUUGUGUUGCCUUAUAAGCUACCUUCACUUCAUGUACUGUUUGCGGUUGUCUAAUUAUACACAGGUUCAGAGGUUUUUGUUUUGUUCAGUUGGUUUAUCCAACAUGCUAGUUACGUUUUUGUUUGGCUUGUUGUAAUGAUUGGUGGUUUAGUAUGUCACAAAGGAUGCCAACCAUAGAAUGCCUCUGAAAACGUUUCCACCUCUGACACAUGAACAGGAACCAGUGAAGCCAGAGGAGGGCCGGGACAUGGCUAACCGCAUCAACGCGUUUGGUUACUUGGAGUGCUCGGCCAAGACGAAAGAUGGUGUGAGGGAGGUGUUUGAGAUGGCCACCAGGGCGGCGCUGCAGGCCAAGAAACGCGGCAAGAAGAAUGCCUGCCUCCUGCUAUAG